AUGGCAGAAGGAGAUGAUGAAGAAACAUUUUCAAGUCCUCUUGUGUUCCGUCUACAUGAGAGUGCACCCAGAGUAGUACAAGAGGUCUUGUUGGAACGUGGAUGGAAGGAAUACAAUGAAUAUUAUCAAGACGAAACAGAAUGGAACUUGCACUGGAGAUCAUCCUCCUUCCGAGCAUCUGAUCAUGACAAAGUUAAGCCAUGGCAAAGACUCAAUCAUCAUCCAAGUACAUCACAGAUGACAAAGAAAGACUGUUUAGCAAGACAUUUGAAACGUAUGAAAGGAAUUUAUGGUGCAUCAUACUAUGAGUUCAGCCCAGUAUCCUUUAUUUUGCCAAAUGACUACACAAAAUUUGUUGCUGAAUAUACCAAGGAAAGACAAGAAAAAAAGUUAAGUUACUGGAUCUGCAAACCAGUUGACUUGUCAAGAGGUCGAGGUAUAUUCAUUUUCCAUGAUAUCAAAGACUUGAGAUAUGACUGUACUGUAAUUGUUCAGAAGUAUAUCACUAACCCUUUGCUAAUUUCAGGUUACAAAUUUGACCUGCGUAUUUAUGUUUGCGUAACAAGCUUCUGCCCAUUAACAGUUUACGUUUAUCAGGAAGGUUUGGUUAGGUUUGCAACUGAAAAGUUCAACCUAAGUUCACUUGACAAUGUAUAUGUCCACUUAACCAAUACCAGCAUUAACAAAUACAGUUCAUCAUACGCUACAGAUAAAGAGAGGAUUGGUAGUGGAUGUAAAUGGACACUUAGCCAGUUCCGAUCUUAUCUUCGUAAUCUAGAAGUUGAUGACGCAUUACUUUGGCAAAGAAUCUACAAUAUAGUCAACAUGACCCUACUGGCUAUUGCACCAUCUGUGCCUUCAUCUCCUAAUUGUUUUGAGCUAUUUGGUUUUGAUAUUCUUAUAGAUGAUACUCUAAAGCCAUGGCUUUUGGAAGUCAAUUACAGCCCGGCUCUGUCAAUAGAUUGCUCUCAUGAUGUCAUAGUAAAAAAAAGUCUUAUACAUGAUAUCAUUGAACUACUAAAUUUUAAGACAUCCGAUGGCAUAAAUGACAGCAGCACUUCUAAAAAGGUUGACAAGGCAGUACAUUCUACACAAGUCCCACGUCCCCAAACACCCUGGAGGUGUGACAAUAAUGUUAAUUCUCAAAGACCUCUAAAAACCUGCCAUUCUUUGAAAAGCGAGCAUUCAAGAGAAAAUCAGGAACAAACCUUUAGUCAGCAUGCUAACUUUAAAAUUCCCCAUGUUAAUUUGACAGAUGAUUAUCAUCACGUAGAUGGUGACAAGGAAACUAAAGAUGUUGAGAAUGAAGGAAAGGAGAUAUUCAGGAGAAAUCACUCUGGAGAAACUUCUUUCCUACCUCUUCAUGAGGAAGGAAACAAAACAAGCAGGGAUGAACAUAAAAUAGCAGGAUCUUUUCCUCGUAAAACCCUCACUUCAAGGUUAAGAGAAAGAAUGAAUAUGCCAGAGAGACUGACAAGUUUUUCCAAAUCCCAUCAAACAUUGAAUUCCAAAAGAACUAAGGUGGUUACAAAUAGCUCAUUUCAGAUUCCACAUUUGAAAACAAUUAAACGUUCUUUCUUCCCAUUAUAUUUUAUUUCAGAUCUAGACAAAAGACCUCCUGCUCGUGUUGGUGAUUUUAUACUUGUAUUUCCCUUUAAUCACUCUUCCCUUGUAGCUUCUAGAAAUGGAACAGCAGACAUCAAAAGUAUAAUUCAGGAAAUCAGCAAGUUAACACACAGGUUUUCACCAAAUAUAAAGGCUGCCUAAUUUAAACUCAGUAUUUUUUAUCUUUAGCAUGUCCGAUGAUGUUUUGCAAAUGAAAACUGGUCUAUAAGAUGAUGGCUUAAAACCCUUGUGCAUUAAAAAAACAAUUA